GGAGAGGAGAUGGGGCUGACGUUCACCAAACUGUUUAGCGGCCGGCUCGCCAAUAAGGAGAUGCAGAUCCUGCUGCUGGGUCUCGACGCUGCCGGAAAGACCACAAUCCUCUACAAGCUUACGCUUGGCGAGGUCGUCACCACAAUCCCCACCCUAGGGUUCAAUGUUGAAACAAUGGGGUACAAUAACAUGAGCUUAACUAUGUGGGACGUCAGCGGUCAUGCCAAGGUCAGGCCUUUGUGGACACAUUACUACGGGAACACGCAGGGUAUCAUCUUUGUGGUGGACAGCAGCAAUAGGGACCGUGUUGCUGAUGCUCGGUAUGAGCUCCACAGGAUGCUGAAUGAGGAUCAGUUACGUGAUGUUGUGUUGCUUGUGCUCGCUAACAAGAAAGAUCUUCCAAAUGCUAUGGAUGCUGCUGACAUUACUGAUAAGCUUGGGCUACGCUCCCUUCGACACUGGCACAUCCAGAGCACUUGUGCUACAACAGGUGAGGGAUUGUAUGAAGGUCUGGAAUGGAUGUCCAACACUAUUGCUAGCAAGGCUAUAUUUUCACUGAGAUUUUGGAUGAAUGAGCUAGGAGCGUUGGUUAGAUCGUUCACCGGGAACCUAGGGGCUUCGUUUCAGGAUUUAUCCAGACACGGCCGCGACGAUACCGCUUAA